CAUCACGCGUGGAAUGAAAAAAACAUUUUUAAAAAGCUAAAAGAAAAAUAAUUAAUUUGGGAUUGGCUACGAGGGAGAAAUGGGUGACCAGGCGUGAGAGCUACGCGUGCUCGUUGGGUGAGCGGUAAAGGUCGUUUGGCACGUGUCUUCCAUCCUUCUAAAUAUCUUUUUUUUUUGUCGACCUUCUAAAUAUCUAAUGAGUCAAAAGUUCACCGUAAUACGCACGUGAUUCGUAUUUUUCCUACGUAUUUUGACUUUCCUGGUCUAAAUUCUAAGUCGUACGAGGAGAUUUAAAUAAUUGUACAGUGGUCGAUUGAAAUAAUAACAAUAACUGGUUUCGAGGAGCAAAUAAUCAAACAAUAACAUGCAAGUAUUUUGACAAUAUAUUCAAAUAUUUCUAUGUGAAUGUGAUUCUACCGCUGAGAAUUCAAUAUGUGUGAUUCUAUUAUAAUUGCUUUAACAGGAUUGUAUAAAACCGGAUGUUACAAAGUAAAAUAAAAGGUUUUAUAAUGAUAACCGUAAAACUACAAAAUUAAACUACUGUAUAUGCACUUUUGAUAGACAAACCAUAAGCAUUACAUUUUGAAUAAACCAUUAACAAAACUUUUCGUUCUGCUUCUAAAGGUGCUGAUCCAUUCCCAAAAAUGCUAAUCCCAACACCAUUUGUAACUCGGCGAGUGUCCGUGGCACAAAUAAUAUUGGAGGCCCAUAAGAAGGUGGUUAUGAUGUGGCGGUGCAAAUUAAGAAAUGAGGGAUUAAUUAGCACUAAAACAUUAUUAAGUGUGGGACCCAAUAUUUUGGUAAUACAGUCUGGCUCUUUUAUUACAGGUUGUUGUGUUUCAAAUAAGAAGAGACCAAUUCUAUGUUGGAGAGAUCAUACAAAUUCCUUCGACGGAUUUUCCCAGGAAAACCCUUAGAAAAAUCCUAAAUUCUCCCAUUUUCUCGUCAUCCAAACAAGAAUAUGACUGAUUUUUCUAUGGUGUUAGGUGACAUGAAGGUUAAUGGUGGUGAGAUUGAUGAGAGCAAAGUCAAAGCGCCAAACAUGUUUGAACGGGCCAAAGAGGAGUUCGAUGCUGUUGUUGGGGCUAUUCAUCAACGCAAGAGUUCCAAGGACGAAUCUGAUCAAAUGGAAUUCAAAUCCGAGAAACCAGAAGAUGAGAAUAAGAAACCGAAUAUGAUGAGAAAGGCCAAGGAGGAAAUAAAAUCUCUGUUCCAUUCCAAGGAGAAACCUCAUCAUCACAAAGAAACUCAUGGAAGGAGUGAUGAUAUCGAUGAGAACACACAUGUAGAUGAAGUGAAGGCUCCCAAUGUUUUCGAGAGAGCCAAGGAAGAGAUAGAGGCUGUCAUCGACACCAUCCAUUCCAAGAAGAAGGAGACUGGCGGUUCUUAUUCUCCUAAGCGUUCCCGGUCUGUCUCACCGGAGAAGGAGAGAGCUGGAUUCGGAUGCUCUCUUGGAAAGGGGCUGGAAAAGAUUUGUGCUCCUUGGGGGAAUAAUAAAAACGAUUGAGUUAUAUUCAUUAUGUUUGAUGAUAUCAUGAACUUGUAUUCUAAUUGUCUCUAUCAAAUUUGGUUCAGUUUUAAUGAGUUUGUUGAUUUGUAGGUAUUGAGUUUGUCACCUUAACAUGCUAAUACUUGUUUUAUUCAUAUUCCAAAAGCUUUAGAGCACCCCCAAUAAAGAUAUUUCAUGUUGGGCUUCCCGUACUUUUUAAAAACCCGCAAAUAAAUACUAAUAUAAAUAUACUCAUACAUAAUAUGUAUUUUAAAGAACAUUUUGCCUAAAAUCCCAUUGAAGGUGCUCUUAGUCUUUCUAGCUUGUUUAUGGAUUCUAUUAGUACCAUUUGGUCCGUAUUACAAAAUCUUAGACAUGUUAUUCAUAUUUUGAAAGUUCCAGAGACUUUUUAUGGAAAUCUUGUAAAAUAUAUUUUUAUCAUAUAUUUUUGGUUAAUAUUGUAUUUGUACGUUUGUUAUAUCGUUUAUCACUAUUACUUUACAUCUACAUUAUAAAUAUAUAUAUUUAAAUUAACAUAUAUUAAUGGUAAAGAUGUUCACAAUCCCACCUAUAUAAUUCUAUAUUAAUUCUAUACAGUUUUAUUUUUUGGCUAAAAUUAAUAUAUAUAUAUAUAUAAAGUUAGAUAUAUUUUUGUUAGUAUAUUAAUUAUAUUUUCAUAAACAUUUAUAGUAAAAUUUUAAGAUGUUUGUCUUAAUUUCCAAAAUACUAUGCACAUCACUGUCUAGCUAUACUCGUCAGAUCCAUAGCUACAACGAAAACUUGGUAAAAAUUAACAUGAAGGUGUCCAGUUGGUGAUCUAUAAAUCUGGUAUGAAUUUUGAAAAGGUUUACUCUAUGCAAAACAAAAGUACUAUUAUAUGAUAUUUGAUGUUUAUAGACUUAUAAAUAAUUAAACUUACACUACCAGUUUUACUGAAUUCAAGACCAAUGUUUCAUGAUAUCCGUAUAACAGGUUGUUGUGCCACAAUUGCUUUGAGCUCGUCAUAUUUUACAUCCUUAAGAUACUCGAACUCAACAGUGAUUUCAUAAUGAGUCUGCAUAAAUGUAGUUUAAUUUAUAAUUAACAUUCUUUAUAAUUUCAAAAAUAACAAAACUUGAAGCAUACUCACAUUAGCUCAACGUUUGCAACUAGAGCUAUGGGAAACACCAUUAUCAAAUGUAUUUAGGGAACAUUGCCUCGAACUGCAUAUUCCUUUACUUGAUGCAUAAGUAAAGGCCAUUUUUACAUUUUAGAUUCCAUCAUCUUUGAUCAAAAAAAAAAGAUUUCAUCAUCUUCUUUGGAAGGAACAUUGUUCAUGAUAUGUAUAAAAAAAUUCUUUGACUUGACUUGGAUGUGAUAGAUUUAUGUUGUAAAGAGCUUGUAUGACCCUUGCCAAAAUAAUAACCCAACAUAUGGUUUUAUGAGAAGAAAAAAAGACAAUCACAAAAAGUUGUUGAUUAGUAUUUUAAAUUGACGCCAUAAUGCAAUUAAUCAGAUGAAUCAGUUGUAACUUGAAGUUUCUGAUAUAUAUAUAUAUAUAUAUAUAUAUAUAAGGAUCUGAUAUUUGAUUUCAAUUUCAUUCUUUGUGUGUGUUUUUUGUGCACUCAUCCUUUGUGUUUAUUGUAUUUUGCUUAUGUUUUGCUUAUUUUGGGUUUGUACAUGAAUAAAGAGCCAAAAACAUAACUAAUUCUAAAUCUGACUAACUACACUUUAUGUGGUUCAGUUUCAAUCACAAACUUGAGAAGCUACAUAUGUUUAUUUAAAUAAAUAACCAUAUUAGAUUGUCUUCAUACACUAUAACUAUGUAUAUGAUACAUUAAACUAGUUAAAAACUAGUUAUUUUAUUCUUACUCCAUCUCUAUCUUUGAUUCUUCUUCAUUAGUCAUGAUACCUUUGCCUUUCUCUUGAGCAUGUUUUAAAGUAAAAGACAUAGUUAGUCUUUUGCAAUACAAAUACAAGUUACAAAACUCAAAUCUUUGUGAUUUUAGUUUGAUAACAUACUGUAAAUGGCUUAUUUCUCUUGUCCCCAUCAUCACGUAGUCCAUCUCUUCUACCCCUUGUAGACAUGUCGUAAAUGGAAGAGAACAAUAAAAGUUUGAGUUAUGUUUUGUGGAGUUAUUUUUAUAGAUUGUGUUAUUUUAACUCAAGACUCAUGAAUAAUCAGCCGAUCAUAUUUAUAAGCUAACAUAGUUAUUUACAAAUUAUUUGAAACAGAUCUUGUCUUGCUUCAUUAAAAAAUUGUCAAAAUCAUUUUGCUAGAUUCAAAAUCAAAACUUAUGGAUUAAUUAAACAGUUUAAAAAAGAUAUAUCAGUAAUUACUUUGUUUUGUUGGUCUCUCUUUUUUGUUGUUUCCAAAAUUAUUAUUAUUUUCUAUAUUAAAAAUAUAAUGCUUUUCUAAAUUGAAAAUAUCAUUUUUUUGUAUUCCCAAAAUGUUCACCGAAAAGAAAACUUUAUACUCUAAUCUAGUACACGAUUGUACAAAUGGAAAUUGCAACUCACAAAAUGUUACUCUAGUUUUUUUUUAACGUUGGAUUAUACUAUUAAGCCUUCUAGGCCAAGAAUUCUAAAUAAUGAGAACUAGUAAAACAAAUAUAGAAAAGGGAUACAUCAGUAAGGAU